UACUGCGCAUGCGUCUUACUAAAAUAACAAAGUAUGUCACUUCCUGGCCCAACACAGGUGACUAGAAAGCGUUUGGAAACUGAAACUGUCGAAAGCUGUGACGACUUUGAUGAAAUGGCUUGAAAAGAGUCACAGACAGUCACGUCACGAGAAAAAAACUAGAGAGGGAGAAGCCAUGGCCUGUGCCCGAGUGCCUCUAGAUGAGCAACAGGUGACUGAGCCUGGCCCGCUGGGGAAAGAGCACACACUGCCUGCACUGCACCCGGUCAGGAAGGAGGAGCGCUGUUUUGUGCCUUACAAGUCACCGCCAGAAGAUGGCUCUCCUGCUGAGGUGGAGGAGUUUUUGGAACAUGCCAAAUUCAUCACAGAGGACCUUGAGUGGCUGCUCGCGCUGCCCCAUGACAAGUUCUGGUGUCAGGUGGUGUUUGAUGAGUCUCUGCAGAGGUGCCUAGAUUCAUACCUCCAUCACGCUCCUCGUGGCCUCGACCCUGCCACACUGCCCUCCUCCCCAGCCGUGGCCGACAUGCAGCGCUCUGUCCACAGGGCGGUCUUCUUGACCUUCCUCAGGAUGGCCACACAUAAAGAGUCCAAGGAGAACUUCAUCACCCCGGCUGUGUUCGGAGAAAUUAUCUACGAGAACUUCCUUUUUGACAUUCCCAAAAUUCUGGAUCUAUGUGUGCUCUUUGGGAAGGGCAACAGCCAGCUGCUGAAUAAGAUGAUAGACAACAUCUUUACACAGCAGCCAUCUUACUACAGUGACCUGGAUGAGACGGUUCCCACUGUGUUACAGGUGUUUGACACAAUCCUGGGUAAGUGUGGCCUCCACUGUGAAGGAGCCACAGCCAUGGAGCCGCUGAAGCUAGGCACAAACAAACAGCCCACUGCCAUGACCAUGAGCCAGCAGGAACUUGUAGAUCUUAUUCUAUACCUGUGUGACUCCACCACCACCAUCCAUGCCUUCCUGGACAUCUUCCCUGCCGCCUGCUCCAGCUUCCACUCCCACAGUUUCCUCAGCAGACUGACCUCAUUUUAUGAGACCGCUGUGCCUGACCUUGAGAAGGCAGUGAGGAAGAGAAACUUUGAUGAUAAAAAUCUUCAGGAGGACUUGUGGAAAAGGUUGUCCCACUCCUGUCGUAAGAUGGUGGAGACGGCUCACCUGCUGCUACACCACACCUGUUUACAGCCAAUCCUGGAGGGGGGAGAAAACAUGCUAACAUUUGCAGAGGAGCUUCUACAACAUUUCACAUCUUUUUUAACUGAGAAAAGGUUCUUGUCGGACUAUGAUGAGCAGUUCCCCAUUGCAGAUGACGUCAGCCUCUUACAACAGGCCCUCCCUGUCAUUGAUGAGACCCGGACAUCCUACCUGCUCCAGGGGGUGGAGAGUGCCUGGGAAAGUGUGGGACGACGGAAACCACAGAGCCAGAUUCAGCACAAAGCACCGUCAGCUUCAGCUUAUCAGGGAGCAGAGGGCGGUGCUUCAGCGGGCUUUAGACUUCAGGAGGACAGAGAUGCAGAGGGAGGAGGAGGAGACAGCAUGAGGGGAGCAGAGGCCAUGUUGGAUGUACCCCUAAAAGGAAACAAUGGUGCGAUGUGUCCGGUGAGCGAGGCGGAGCUGGAGUCUCUGUUGUCAUGUAUCAGGGACCUGCUGCCUGAUUUGGGCGAAGGCUUCCUGCUGGCCUGCCUGCAAGAGUACGACUACAACUCAGAGCUGGUCAUCAACAACAUCCUGGAGGACCGUUUGGCCCCCAACCUGGACAAACUAGACCGAGCCAUGCCAAGGCCAUUGAAGGAGGAGCUUCCAAACGUUAUGGACAGCAGAUCCAACGUGUUUGAUGAUGAUGAGUUUGACAUCUUCCGUAGGGACAAGGUGGACAUGUCCCGCAUCUGGAAGGGCAGGAGGAAAGGCGAGAGCGCUCGAGAGAUGCUAAACGACAAGCAGCAUGUAGCUGAGCAAAGAGCUCGUUAUCAGGCCUACGAAACGGUGGUGGACGAGGUUGUCAUCGAACCUGGUGAGAGUGCGGAAGCCUACGGCCUGGAUGAUUACGACGAUGAGUACGACGACACCUACGACAUGAACCAAGUGGGAGCUAAUGACCUGGAUGGAGACAGUUUACUCAACAGAAGGCCUUUCACGGUCCCACAGGUACUGAGAAAAGGAAACAAAGCACAGGAUGAUGAGGAGGGUGAAGACGAAGACGAGGAGGAGACUUUACCGAACAACGUUAACAGGGACCAGUUUGUGCAGGACCCGGCUCUGCUGAGGGAGAGGGCUGAAGCUAGAAGGGCAGCCAUGCAGCAAAGGAAAGGUUUCCGACCGGAGCGUCCCAGUAACGUGGUGGGCAAACCCAAAGGCCAAGGACAAACCCUGGAGACAUUCCUGGACCGACGCAAAAAGGAGGCCAAUAAGAGCCGCACGUCAAACCACAACCGCCGCACAAUGGCCGACCGCAAGAGGAACAAAGGCAUGAUCCCUUCCUGACCCCUGUGAUGAUGACCUGCUGCUGGAACCAAACAGACGGAUAGUAUGAGGGAGGGACGGAUGGACUGCAGGCAGGCGACAGCGUGUGAGUCAGUGGAGGGAAAAAAGAGAAUCUAAGGACAAAUUUUUGUUCUGGGUUAAAAGUUGUGAAUGUAGUACCCACAAUGUGUCCCCACAAUCACACCUUAGCCAUGCAGUCGCUGUCUUAGCUCAAAGGAAAAGCAACAGAAGGUUUUUCAGUUGUUGACAGAUGAAAGGUUCAAAAGUUGCUUUAGUUUGCCGACUUUCUUUGGCCACAUUUUGGCCUUUUGUGAUGCGAAGUUGCCAAGCAGCUUGCCGAAAUGUUUGAGAAUAUGAACAUCUUCUUUUAGUGUUUGAGCCAAAAGGACGCUCAGCUCUUUGGCCCAAAUGAUUUUCUUUUAUAGCUCAUUAAAUACCAAAGUCCCGAGUGUGAGCCAGAGACCGAGGACAAUGAAUAAGACCUUCAUUUUUGCCAAGUAACAAAUCAGUUUAUUAAGAUCCAGAGUGACUGAUCUUUGACAUCAUCGUUAUGAAAUAGACAACAUAGGAAUAAAAGGAAGCGACAUCCAGCGCUUUGGAGAGACUGUAGUCCCUUCUGUAGCUGGAAGAACAAUUUACUGACCCGGUGAUCAAGUCUGGACAUCAGCGGCAGACUGUGUUGCUCUCACUUCUCGUCCUGUAAGAGAAGCUUGUGUGAAAGCUGCUAGCAUGUAACAUUCAAGUGCAUGCAUGUGAUGUCAUCCACCCAGUUCACACCACUGCUGUCCAGCCUUUGUAAAACUGUAACAAAUAAGUCUAGAAAAAGAAAUCAACUCUAUGAUCAUCUCAUAGUGAUGCUGAUGUGUUUUGGAAGCACGUGCUGUACAGAGAGGCCUAGCAUCUCUCACAUUAGCUGUGGAGAAGCCUCCUAGAUGUUGCCAUGCACACACUAUUUUCUAUAAAGAGAACAGAUCUAUAAGAGCAUUUUGUAACAAAAAAAGCACACGUUAUCGCUUUUUGGAGUUGACAUUGCAAAUAAACAUAAAAUAAAUACAAUAAUACUGUUUUCAACA